CGUCGUUCGACAUCGAAACCUCGUUUCCAGCGUACCCUUAAACGCCAUUGAAGACCCUCUGACCAAAAUCAAUGAAAGGGAAAAACGGGAACGAAGAUGAAUCCGGAAGUUCGUCGCUUUUCGCAGUCAAAGGUGCGCAAGAAUCGAGAGAGCCUUGUGAGAUAUGUGGAAGUGUUGGCAUUGCUGGUUUGAUAAUGAUAUGUUUCAAGUGCAGAGAAACGCGAGAGCAUACUUAUUGCGCAAGGGUUUUUCUACCAUCUGUCCCUUCCAUUUGGCUAUGUGAAGCGUGCAGGCUUUCAUCUCGCGUAUUGCUCAUAUCUGAUGUUGCUGAGGAUCUAAUGGAUUCAGAGACCACUGUUGCUGAUUCUUCCUCGGAUCCAAAGAACCCUGACAAUUCCAGGGCAGAAGAUCAUGAAACUGCCAAACUAAGAAGUAAUGACAUGGAUCAAGAUGCUGUAGAUGCCGAAAUUGAUUUGCCAGUAAUCCUUCAGGCAUCUACAAGCGGCUCUAGCUAUGGAAUCUCUGCAAAUGUCAGCACAGUGAUUCGUCCGCCUUCGCGUCCACGAACAAGUCCCCUAGGUGAUGAUGAAACCUAUCUCUCUCGCACUUUAUUGAAAGCUAAAGAAACUUCCUCAGAAUUGAAUGAAUCAUCUCAAAACAAAGAGCUCCAACAACCAUCGCAUCAGGCCUUUCCUAAAAAACGCAGGACGUUUCGGUUGAUGGGCAAACACCUUCCACAGUCACGUCAGACUCUGGUCUCGUCUCUGAAUCAUCAAUCUCUAACAGAAAUGCCUCACCGAAGUGCUAACCAAGAACGCUUCAGCUGAUGGGUAAACUCCUUAAAGAUCUAAAGUCCAGCGAGUAAAACCCUUUUUUCUUGUGUAGCUCUCUAAUUGUUGUCUUGUUGUAGGUACAGAAGAAAAGAUAAGUAAAGAGGUCUUAGUUUGUGUGUAUAGUUUUGCCCACUUGAUUGUGAUACAGUUGUUUUUUCCUUGGAUCACAAGAUACUUACAAGUAGCGAGGUUGCACUUCUUCGAUUAUCAUUUUAAGCGACACUCAACGUACAUAUCUUCUUCUUUCUUAACCUGUGUGUGUUCUUGCUACUCUACUCCGUCAAGCAAAUUACUGAUGAGAAAGAUUAUUAUUCUAAAGCUG